AUGGCGUCCGAGGCGCCGCCUCCUUCGUUGUCUCCAUCGCCACCCGCCUCCCCGGAGCCGGAGCUGGCCCAGUUGAGGCGGAAGGUGGAGAAGUUGGAACGCGAGCUGCGGAGCUGCAAGCGGCAGGUGCGGGAGGUGGAGAAGCUUUUGCACCAGACGGAGCGGCUGUACCAGAGCGCCGAGAGCAACAACCAGGAGCUCCGCACCCAGGUAGAAGAGCUCAGUAAAAUACUCUAUUGUGGGAGAAAGGAAGAUAAUAAGAAGUCUGAUGUAGAAGUACAAACAGAGAACCACCCUCCUUGGUCAAUCUCAGAUUAUUAUUAUCAGACAUAUUAUAAGGAUCUUAGUCUUCCAAAUAAAGUGACAGAACUUUCAGUUCAGCAAGAUCAGGAUAUCGAAGCUUCUGCUUAUAAUUUUAAAGACCAAUCACAAAUAGAAAAUGAGGUGUACGCUGGUACUGAUGUAACGGAAAAGGUUGAAUGUGAACAAGAGGACCACUUUGCUUCAAAUUCACAGGAGCCAGCAUCUGCAUUAGCAACAGAAGAUGCAUCCCUAGAAGGGUCAUCAUUAGCUGAAAGUUUGAGAGCUGCAGCAGAAGCUGCUGUAUCACAGACGGGGUUUAGUUAUGAUGAGAAUACUGGACUGUAUUUUGACCACAGCACUGGUUUCUAUUAUGAUUCUGAAAAUCAACUAUAUUAUGAUCCUUCCACUGGAAUUUAUUACUACUGUGAUGUGGAAAGUGGUCGAUAUCAAUUUCAUUCUCGAGUAGAUUUGCAACCUUAUCAGACUUCUAGCACAAAACAAAAUAAAGAUAAAAAGUUGAAGAAGAAAAGAAAGGAUCCAGAUUCUACAACAAAUGAGGAAAAGGAUUUGAAUUCAGAAGACCAAAAAGCAUCCAGUGUUGAACAUAUAAACUGCAGUGAGGGAGAAGAUUGUGCAAAUGUGAAAAAGAAAGCCAAAAUAGACAUUCCUUACAAAAAUAGUUCCCAUGAAUUCACUGUUCCAAUUAUCGGAAAGACUAUAGAAUCUCCUCUUAAUGAAAACAUCUAUAAUUCAACCUCAUUUAAAGAUGAGAAAGUCAUAGAGACUGAAAGCGAGCCAGAAGAAGGUGAAAUUACAGACUCUCAGACUGAGGACAGUUAUGACGAAGACACUACCAGUGAAGACAGUGUAACUUCAGAAGAUACUGAGGAUGAAGAUGAGGAAAAAAUUUGGCCCCCUUGUAUUAGAGUAAUUGUUAUUAGAUCACCAGUGUUGCAGACAGGAUCACUUUUUAUAAUUACAGCUGUAAACCCUGCUACCAUUGGAAGAGAAAAAGAUAUGGAGCAUACUCUUCGAAUCCCUGAAGUUGGUGUCAGUAAGUUUCAUGCAGAAAUUUAUUUUGAUCAUGACUUACAAAGUUAUGUCCUUGUGGAUCAAGGCAGUCAAAAUGGUACAGUUGUUAACGGAAAACAGAUUCUUCAGCCUAAAACUAAAUGUGACCCUUAUGUACUUGAGCAUGGAGAUGAAGUGAAAAUUGGAGAGACUGUGUUGUCCUUUCACAUUCACCCUGGCAGUGAUACCUGUGAUGGCUGUGAACCAGGGCAGGUUAGAGCUCACCUUCGUCUUGAUAAGAAAGAUGAAUCUUUUGUUGGUCCAACACUAAGCAAGGAAGAGAAAGAGAUGGAAAGGAGAAAAGAGUUAAAGAAAAUACGAGUAAAAUAUGGUUUACGGAAUACAGACUAUGAAGAUGAAAAGGCAUUGAAGAAUCCAAAAUAUAAAGAUAGAGCAGGAAAACGUAGGAAGCAGAUUGGCAGUGAAGGAACUUUCCAAAGAGAUGAUGCUCCUGCAUCUGUUCAUUCUGAAAUUACUGAUAGCAACAAAGGCCGGAAGAUGUUGGAAAAGAUGGGUUGGAAAAAAGGAGAGGGCCUGGGGAAGGACGGCGGAGGAAUGAAAACUCCGAUUCAGCUUCAGCUUCGACGAACACAUGCAGGCUUGGGAACAGGUAAACCAUCCUCAAUUGAAGAUGUUCACCUUCUCCAAAACAAGAGCAAGAAGAACUGGGAGAAAGCACGAGAGAGGUUUGCUGAAAACUUCCCAGAAACUAAGCCUCAAAAGGACUCACCAGGGACAGUGCCCUGGGUCAAAGGGACUGUAGAGUGA